UAUUGAAUCUGCUAUUUUGAAUUUCGGGAUCCCGAUAUUAAAACAUUAUUAGCGGUUUGACUAAAAAUUUUUCCAUGCCACAGACUCGACUUGUCUCCGGAUAAAUGCAAUUUUCAAUCAAUUUGACAGAUUUUCGACACUUUCCACAGGUCUCCAAAAAAAAAGACUGUCAUUUCCACUUCUUAUACGGCUUACAGAUAUCCGUGGAACUCAAAUUUUAGGUUCCUUUUGUAGUCGGAAAAUCGACCUUUUUUAACAUCCUCCUUUACUUUAAUUUUAGUUUUAUUUAAAUUGAAUUUACAACUGUUAACUUUCACUUUAAUUUACUUAAAAGAAAAACUAACUAAUUGUUACAAACAUGGCAUCUCUCUUUUACACAAUAGUUUAUCCCUUAUAGAAAAAUACUAUUAAAUUUGCGAAAGAAUUAUUGAAUUAGUGAAUAAUAUAUUGGAGACGAAUGGUUUUCCAAUAUUUUUUAAUAGUUUUUUUGCAAGUCAAAUAGUAUUUUUUCCAUAAAAGAUAACUGUUAUAUGCUCCAAGGACAAAAGAUUUGCGUAUAAUGAUACUGCCACGUGUAUGAACCACGACUCACAAUCAGAUCCAAACUGUAAGCGAAACCGUCAGCACAUCGGCACGCACCAUUGUACAAAAAGUUAAAUAUAUAUCAGUAAAAUCAUUGGUUAUCAAGUGUAUAUCAUUCUAAAUCCUUUCAUCUCACAUGAGCAGAUUACCAGAAUACAAAACCGACACUAAUUUAAUGAAACUAAUGAUUUUUAACCAAUAUAUAUUUCAGAUUUUCUAAUAAAAAUGUAAUACUGGACAGUAUUAAAUUGGCCAGUAAUUAUUACUUAUUUUGAGUAUUAAAAGUACUAACAGCAGCGAUUUUAAUAUUUAAAAUAUGUCUUAAUUAGUGGGCAAAUUAAUGCUGCUCAAUAUUACAUUUUUAUAAGGACUGUAUACAAAUACUUUGUUUUAUUAGGUAUAUAUUUACAAGAUUUCACGCUUUUUUAAGAUUAAAUCAUGAUUUUAGGCAUAACAUCCGACAAAUGCAAAAAGUCGGGCGGGCGCAUCUAUUCAAAUUUUUAUCCACGGCACAAACGUGUUCUUUUAACUGGGGCAAUUUUAAUCUUAUUGAUUAUACUGUUCUUGACAAUCAUCGAUCUUACGUUUUCUAUAAUAUCUGGACGUGAUGUUCGUAAUGCUUCAGCUCGCAUUCAACCGGAAACAAACGUGGAACGAAUGAUCAGACUAGGUUUUCCUCUCGACAGAAGAUCAUUGUCGAAGUCCCGGGUGAUCAAUGAAGACCCAUCUUUCAACGAUCAUACAAAGCUUACGAGCCAGAUAGCACGGGUUACAGAAGGCGAUGCAUUCCCAACGAUAUAUGAAAGGGAUGAUGACACGGCCGACCGGCGUUCCAAACGGGAAGUAUCUCGCAGGAAAAGAGAUUGCAAUCUGAGCGCAAAGCACUGCGAGAAGCUGUUACAACUAGCGCAAGGCUAUCUCGCGGCUCUCGCAAAUAAGUUUUCAAAUAAGAAUGACGAAAAAUCGUUGGACUUAACGGAUAUUCUGAGAUGUCUCGAGUGCAAGAAAUUGUUGAACGACACGCUACGAUCGAAGGAUCAAUACUUCCCGCAUGAUUACACCGAGCAAAAUAGCUCGAGCAAUUUUGGUACCGCCGUCAUCAAGUUGCUGGACGAGGAUGGCAAGGCUAGCAACGAUUCGAAUCGGACAGAAGUUAAUCGGACGGAAGUGACAAAAAUCCAGCUGGUGGAGACAAACACAGUUACGAACGAUCCAUCACAUAAUUUCACGAAUCAAUCACCGAGAGAUAUCAGUGUAUCGGAAACCACUACUUUAUCAAUUGAUCAUACCAAUUUUAAUAGAAGCCAACAGAUGAACGACAGUGACGUUAACAAUUCGGAUGACAAACAGCCAGAAAGCAAUCCUGCCGCAAACGACUCGCGUACAAUAAAAGUCCAAGACGAUGAAAACGUUCCUGUCACGUCGAGAGUCGAUCGACAGCACGGUGUAAUAAGCGAAAGCAAAGGUAUCACGAACGUGACGCCGACCGAAUUGAACAGCACGGGAACGCAGUACAGCCUUACUACGAAAGAUAAUAAACAAUUCGAGACAACCACAAUUACAGUUAAUCUAGGAACAAUCGAAACAACAAUACGGACCAUUGCCGAUCUUACGAAGCAAAUUACUAAAAUCACGACGAGUGCGUCGGCGGCGCCAUAUAACGUGACCGGAAUUGAUAGGAAGACAACGAUGCAUCCUUCGACGCGUCCUUCGUACGAGGGAAGUCAAGCAGCUGCGGUGACAAACGGAUCAAGAUCGGUGGAAAGUAAUUACCGUAAUUACGAGCAGUUCAUGUCGACCAAUCAUUUUCAAGCGAAAAACAGCAGCAAACCUCUUCCAGUAACCGCAGAAAGCACGAAAUCCUAUCAACAGCUGCAAUCGAAUCCCACUAUAUGGACAAGGCCACAUCCAGUUUGCUUCUUUACUCCAUAUCCCGCCCAAUCUGCCAACACACCGUUAUCUCCGGCAUCAGCGUUUUAUCCGAGUUCUACCUCCGGACAAAGUCGCGGUUUUCCGUUCCAGAAUCUACAGAGCUCCUCAUCGCCCAAUUAUAUGCAAGUGCAAGCGAAUACUGUACAGUUUCUGCCGAGAUUUAACUACGCCGCCAAUCUAGCUCAGCCGACAGGACAAGGCGUCGGUCCCACAGGACCUGCGAUGUCAAACGCACCUAUCUUCCCGCUGAAUCAGCAGCCAACACCCGGAAUGUCCGAGCAGCCAAACAUGCCGUAUUUUUGCGGUUAUAUAUCACUGCCAAGUAUUCGAUUCCCGCCGAUCCCUGACACGUCGCAAUCCGAUCGUUCUGCCGACGAAACGAAAGACCUUCCGAAGGAAUCACAACUUCUUCCGGAAAACAGUAUUGUCGCGCAGAUUAAUCCGAAUUUCUCCUUGUUCAACAAAUGUCCUGCAAAUUAUCAUCAAUGUAAUAAUCAGUACUGCAUUCCGAGGGUAAAAUGGUGCAACGGCCGUGUCGAUUGCACCGACGCCAGCGACGAGACAAAGUGCUCCUGCAGAGAUCGGAUAUCGCGAGAUCGACUCUGCGACGGUUACUUUGAUUGUCCACACGGAGAGGACGAGCUCGGUUGUUUUGGUUGCCCAGGGGAUUCUUUCAGUUGCGAUGAUUGGGAGAAACGUUAUAAUAGUAAUAAUUGCGUAUCACUUUCUCAACGUUGCGACGGGAUAAAACAAUGUUCUAAUGGAAAAGACGAACUUGACUGCAAUAUACUUCUGGAAACACAUAUGGGUCCAAACGACGUGGUUGGUUUUAUGAUUGGUUAUGCUCAAGGAUAUUUGCAUAAAAAUGUUCGUGGAAAAUGGUAUCCCGUUUGCUCGAAAACACUUCCUUGGGCAGAGGAAGCUUGCGCAUCGGAAGUUGGUUGGCCCUUACCGUAUGUUAUCAAUAGAUGUAAUGACCAGGCCUGCUCAUUUCAGGAGUGGAAGUAUAGGCACACAAUGCCACUAGAAAUACAAACUGUCGAUGUGCCUGAAGAUGUUUUUCAAGGUCUCUAUGUAAUAGAAACUGAACUUAACGAUAUACAGACGACGACGUGUCCGGGGAAAGCAGUAUUUGUCAAGUGCCCGCCGUUACCUUGCGGCACCAAAGUCCUGCCACGUCAAAAUUUCUCUCCCAUCUCUAACGCGACGAAGAAUAGUUAUGUAUCCAAGAGACACGUGGAGGAACAAUUGGAAAUCGCGGAAUACCGAGAAAUGCUGGGCCUACUGAAUGUGAAUCAAUCGGUGUCUAAGGAGAAGAUACAAGAGCAGAAUGAUACUAUCGUUGGAACGCAAUCACGAGUGGUCGGCGGUCGUGCAAGUCAGCCCACAGCUUGGCCCUUCUUGGUUGCCAUUUACAAGAAUGGCAACUUCCAUUGUGGUGGGGUUAUUCUCAGUGAAAUUCACAUACUUACCGCGGGUCAUUGCAUGAAUAGAUAUAAGGGAUAUUAUUUUGAAAUACAAGCCGGCAUACUCAGGCAAUUAUCAUUUUCACCGUCAACACAGCUAAGAAAGGUGAAAUACGUAAUUAUUCAUCCCGAUUACAUAGAACGACAUAUGCAAAACGACAUCUCAGUAAUCAUGUUAGACAAACCUCUUCUUUUCAAUCGAUGGGUCCGCCCAGUUUGCUUGCCAGAAUUAGAAACCGCGGGUCAUGAAUGGAAAGAAGGGCCAUCGCCUGAGUCCGUGUGCGUUGCUAUUGGAUGGGGAUCUAUAAUAGAACAUGGACCAGAACCGGAUCAUUUGCGAGAAGUAGAAGUGCCGAUCUUGCCAUCAUGUAAAUAUUUAAUUGAUCAGAAUAACUCCACGAUUUGCGCCGGAUAUCCUGCGGGUGGUCACGAUGCUUGUCAGGGCGAUAGUGGUGGUCCUUUAAUGUGCAGAAAUCCAAAUUUAAAAUCUCAGUGGUACGCAGCUGGCCUAAUCAGCCACGGUGACGGAUGUGGGCGUCCAGAUGAGCCUGGUGUUUACAUGAAAAUUAGUUACUACUUAGAUUGGAUUUUACAAGCGUUUCAAACUUUAGACAACUAUGUGGCAUCUUCUUUCGGAGAUAAACCCUUGAAUUCAUGUCCAGGAUUUACUUGCCAAUCGAGCCUAGGAAAGUGUUUACCAAAACAAAAUCGUUGUGAUGGAUUUGUAAACUGUUUAGAUGCAGAAGAUGAAAUUGGAUGCGAAUUUUUGAAAAUAACAUCUGAGAGAUAUAGGGAAUCAGAUUCCAAUGAUACAUUUGUGUCACUGCAAGCAAACCAGUCCAAUAAUACCAUUGAAGAAAAUAAAGUGAGCACGGAAGCGAUUCCUAUUUCGACUUCCUCUUAUUUCUUCUAUCAGGGAGAAACAUACAGUACUGAUGAAUCAAAUACCGUAAAUAUUUAUCCAACAACGGCUGAAGUAAUGUCGAACGUUAGAUUAACGUUUACCUGCAAAAAUCUGAUUCAAACCAUAAUGAUCAACAAAAGAUGCAACAAAUACUUAGAUUGCGAAGACGGUACUGAUGAAGAAGAUUGUACUUGUAAAGAUUAUCUGUUGAAUUUCCAACCCACAGCGAUUUGUGACGGACAUCUGGAUUGUAACGACGAAACGGACGAGAAAAAUUGCGGUAUAUGCAAGGACGACGAGUUUCAUUGCAACAGAAGCAACGGAAAUUGCAUCCCACUGACAAAAAAAUGUGACGGAAUAUUUGAUUGUCCCCUAAGAGAGGACGAGGAUGAUUGCCUUGCGUUGACUGACGGAGAAUACAUAACUAUCGAUAGCGAUAAUCGACCAAUUUUGAACACAGAAGGUUUGCUCAGUAGAUAUUCCAAUGGAACGUGGAACGUAGAAUGUCCUCAAUCAAACGUAUUGAAUAAUAACACUGCAAUGUCAAUAAUUGGAGGGAACUUGUGCAAAUAUCUCGGAUUCAUCAAUCUACAAUCGGUGGAUAAGAUUGUCGUAAAUGAAACGAUCCUGGCCACGAGGUUCUUGCGGAGGUGGGAUAACGCGACGAGUUACAGAGCUUCGCCGGAGCACGUCGCGGCGAAUGCGGGAAACAAGACGUGUACAGCACUACGACUUCGCUGCAGACCGGUUUUGAGCAGCAGCGCCAACUCACAUUUGAUCGUCGAUCCGAGAACCGGAAGCCAGACCUACUUAUGGCCAUGGCUGGCUGCCAUCUUCGUCGAGGGCCGUUACCAUUGUUCGGCCUUACUCCUGGAACCGAACUGGCUAUUAUCCAGUUCGAGUUGUACAGAAGCUAUCAGAUUAUCGGUGAAUUAUACAACGGCUCUUCUCGGCCCAAGUCGCUCUUUUCUCUAUGUAGACGGACCCCAUCAGCAGAUAUCGAUUGUUGACGAGAUAAGGAACGUAAAAAGAACAAACAUUUCAUUGCUUCACUUGAAAACUGCAGUGAAUCUUACUCGUUAUGUGCAGCCACUCUUUUUAGAGAAGAAAAUAUAUCCACCGACGAAAGAAGAUUUAUGCGUGGCAAUCGGGACAGACAAUGAACAUGUGACACAAUCAAUCUUCCUGAAAUCGAUUCUUAAAAAUUGUGACAAUUGUUAUCGUUGUUUCGUCGAAGUUUUAGAGACUAAUUGCCCGGCUAAUAAAACUUCUUCGCUUUGGAGCGGAACGGUGUUUUGUCGCAGUGACAAAGCAUGGUAUCCUACGGCCGUAUUUCACGAAAACAACGGCCCGUGCAGCUUUCGAAACACGCGGAACUUGACAAGCAUCGAUUACAUCCAUGCUUAUCUCACACAAGCUUUGGAGGAAAUAUUACAACCAACGUCUGAGCCACAGUGCGACGGCAUUCGAUGUAACAUCGGGCAAUGCAUUCCUUGGAAUCAAGUAUGCAAUGGCGUGGCAGAUUGUCGAGACGGCGCGGACGAGGAAAGUGAAAUAUGUCUACAAAUGCAACAGAGCAGAACAAAAAAUGGGAUAAAUAACAAAUGUGCAAAGUCGGAGUUACGAUGCGAGAACAGCGAGUGUGUCUCGAAGAGCGCAUUUUGCGACAGUAAAGUGGAUUGCUCAGAUGGAACGGAUGAACCUGUGAUAUGCAACUGCGCCGAAUAUUUAAAAUUGACUGCACCAGAAAAAUUGUGUGACGGAAUCCGACAUUGUUUCGAUAAGACAGACGAGUCGCCAGAAGCGUGCCAAUGCACCGAAGACAGCUUCAAAUGCAAUACAGAAAGCAAAAAUCUAACCUGCAUCUCGCAAGAUUUUGUGUGCGAUGGCGAUAAUGAUUGUCCAAACGGCGAAGACGAAAUAGAUUGCAGAAAGAUACAGUUUGGAAAAAAUAGAUCCGCUGCAGGCGAAGUGGUGCAACGAUCUUACGGCGUAUGGCACACUCUAUGUUAUCCAUCAGUAGUAACGUCAGGAGAAGAAGCAGUAAAUGUAUGCCGAAAAAGCGGCUACGCAGACGGGAUUAUUGAUUACGAAUUUCAAAUUUUCGAUGAACCUGUUGUUCCAUCUCGCGAUGAUUUUUACAUGAUACGAUUAAAUUCUGACACAUGGCUAACCAUGCGUGAUGACAAGCCGCUUAUAACUCUGGUUCAGCCGGACAAACCCUGUUAUCGUCUCUUCGUCAAGUGCAAAUAGUAAAAAAAUUAUUUACAACUCUGAUGCAAAUUUAUAUUACAAAUCUUUUAUAUUUUUUUAUAUUUAUUUUUAUAAUUUCUGUAUAAAUUUCAACACUUUUCAGAAUUCUUGUGUAAUUUUACUAAUUAUUAGAUUUAAUAUAUUAACUUUAUAGAAAA